AUGACAAUCUCUUACUCGGAUACGUUCCUCAAACUAUUAUUCCGAUGGAAAGGUUCACUAUGGAAAGCAAUAUGGAAACAUCUACUUAUUUUUCUUACCAUGUACUAUAUCAUCAAUGCAUACUACAGGUUCGGGAUGACAAAAGAACAGCAGAACGAAUUUAUAAAAUAUGUAAUGUUAGUUGAUGGAUGGACCAAAGAAAUUCCAUUGACAUUCUUAUUAGGUUUUUAUGUUGCAAUGAUUGUAAGGAGGUGGUGGGAUUGCUGCCAGCUGAUCAGUUGGCCGGAUCACCUACUGUAUAAUGUUUCAGCUCUUAUUCGAGGUCAAGAUCCUGAAACUCGAAUUAUCCGCAAAACAAUAGCUCGAUAUGCAAUUCUAACAUCUGUACUCGCAUGGAGGAGUAUAUCACUUCGAGUGUUAGCUCGAUAUCCUACAGAUGAUCAUCUAGUGGAUUCUGGAUUGAUGACGAAGGAGGAAAUGGUCAUGUUCAAAUCGAUCUUAGUUCAUGUUGAUCCACAUCAGAAAUGGUGGGUUCCUUUGAACUGGAUUCAAACAAUGAUGGUUCGAUGUUUCGAAAAAGGAACGCUGACGCAUACGAACGAACUUCGAGUCCUCCUGGAUGCACUGGAAAAGUAUCGAAACGGUUUUUUUCAGUUGUUCAUUUACGAUUGGAUUGCCAUUCCGCUAGUGUAUACACAGGUCUCCACGAUUUCUGUCUACGGUUAUUUCCUGUUUGCACUUAUCGGACGACAGUACCCAAGCAAGAAUGAAAACGAAGAGAUUGUGGAUGUAUACGUUCCAAUAUUCACAAUUCUUCAGUUUUUAUUCUAUGUGGGAUGGUUGAAAGUGGGAGAGGAUCUCAUGUUUCCAUUCGGUGCUGAUGACGAAGAUUUUGAGUUCAACUAUAUUUUGGAGAGAAAUUUAGAAGUUUCCAUGUUGAUUGUGGAUGAUUUACACAAUCAAGUGCCGCCUGUCUAUGUGGAAAGUUUGGAUGACGAGAUUCAUCUACUACACACAAGUGCAUCAUCAAAAUUAUCAAAUCAUCCGCAACGACAACAUCUUCGAAAACUGAAGUUCAACGUGGACGCGAUGCAAGUGCAAGCAGUACCAGGAAAUCAUCUAAACGAACGAGAUGUUUCUGUGUCCACCACUUCGAAACUCUCAUUUGCCGAUUUAGAGAAUCUAGCGAAUGGACCCAAGAAUUUACCAAAGUUUUGA